AUGUUCCCAUACCCCUCCGGUACCCUCCAUCUUGGCCACUUGCGAGUAUACACGAUAUCCGAUGUUCUCUCCCGAUACAAGCAUAUGCAAGGCUACAAGGUCCUACAUCCUAUAGGCUGGGAUGCGUUCGGUUUACCAGCUGAGAACGCAGCCAUCGAGCGAGGAGUACACCCGGAGAAAUGGACGCUACAGAAUAUCGAGGCUAUGAAGAGUCAGAUGAAGGAAAUGGGUGGACGUUGGGACUGGGACGCUGAGAUACGAACUUGCGAUCCCCAUUUCUACAAACACACCCAGCGCAUCUUCCUCAUGCUCCAUGAGCGCGGCCUAGCCUAUCAAGCCAAAUCCCUCGUAAAUUACGAUCCCGUCGAUAAAACUGUCCUCGCAAACGAACAAGUAGACGCCAAUGGCUGCUCGUGGCGCUCCGGUGCAAAGGUCGAGAAGGUGAUGCUGAAGCAAUGGUUUCUGAAGAUCAAGGAGUUUCAAGAACCCUUGCUAAAGGACCUGGACGCUCUUGCACGAGACGGCAGGUGGCCUGAGAAGGUCCUUGCCAUGCAGAGGAACUGGAUUGGCAAGUCUGAAGGCGCGCAACUUUGGUUCGAUAUCGUCUCGACCGAUAGUGAAAUGCGCUUCAAGCCGGUCGAUGUCUUUACUACCAGAGCUGACACGCUUUUCGGAGUCCAGUAUAUCGCUCUUUCGUUGCGUCACCCGAUCGUCCAGCAAUUAGCCAUCGAGGAUGCAGAGCUUCGCGCCUUCAUAGAGCGAGCAAAGGACCUUCCUUCGGACACUAAGGAGGGAUUCAAGCUGCGGAAGAUUGUAGCGCGCAAUCCCCUCGCCCAUGUUCAAGGCUCUACAGGACCCUCUGUACCUGUAUAUGUGGCUCCAUACGUUUUGGACGACUAUGGCUCUGGCGCUGUAAUGGGCGUACCAGGUCACGACACCCGGGACCAUGCCUUCUGGCGGAAGAACGUCGGUGAUGAGCCAGUCAGAGUCGUCGUAUCUGCUAAGAAAGGCUCUUUACCUUUGCCGCUUGUACCGCAUAGUGGUGAAGACGUACCUAUGACCGAAAAAGGCUUUGUUGCUACAGACAUAGAGCGCUUCGGGGGCAUGACCUCAAAGCAAGCCGCAAAUGCGGUCGUACAAGCGAUUCUCGAUACUGGAAAGCCGGCUGAAAAGAAAGCAAAUUGGCGACUCCGUGAUUGGUUGAUAAGUCGGCAGCGCUACUGGGGUGCGCCUAUCCCAAUCAUCCACUGCAAAUCUUGCGGUGCUGUUCCUGUGCCUGAGAAGGACCUUCCAGUUGAGCUACCAAAUCUACCCGACAGCUUCUUCGAAGGUCGCAAAGGGAACCCGUUAGCAGAAGAUGAGAACUGGAAGAAGACCUCUUGUCCGAAGUGCGGCUCGGCUGCUGAGCGCGAAACUGAUACUAUGGACACUUUCAUGGACUCGUCAUGGUACUUCUUCAGGUUCUUAGAUCCAAAGAACGAGCACGUCUUGGUCGACCCGACGAAGACCAAUACCCGCAUGCCAGUUGACCUCUAUGUCGGCGGCGUCGAACACGCAAUCCUCCAUCUUCUAUACGCGCGCUUCAUCUCCAAGUUUCUGGCUACCACUCCAACAUGGCCGAAGGGCUACCUAACGAAUGGCGAGCCUUUCACGCGUCUCAUCACGCAAGGCAUGGUUCACGGAGAGACAUUUACAGACCCCGAAAAUGGUCGCUUCCUGCGCCCAGAGGAAGUCGACUUGACCAACCCUUCCAAGCCCGUCAUCAAGGCCAGUGGAGUUACUCCAAACGUUAGCUUCGAGAAGAUGUCGAAGAGCAAAUAUAAUGGUGUGGACCCAGGUGCUACUAUUGCCAAGUACGGCGCAGACGCCACGCGUGCGCAUAUGCUUUUCCAAGCACCCAUCAGUGACGUGCUCGAGUGGGAUGAGAAAAAGAUCACUGGCGUACAAAGAUGGUUACAUCGAGUCAUCAAGCUGUCGACUACACCAUGGAUACCUGAUGAUGUGAUGGACAAGUUCAUUAUACCCACACAGGUUGACAGUAAACUCCUCAGUAUCCUACAACAUGCUUCGACAAACCGCGAAUCUGAGAACGCCACACGUGAAGACUUGGUGUCUACCCUCAAACCAGAUGAGGCUCAGCUUUGGAUUAAGACACAGCAUACCGUUGUCAGUGUCACAGAAUCGUACUCGCAAACAUACUCCCUCAACACCAUCGUCAGCGAUCUAAUGACGCUUACAAACACUAUCUGGGACACGCCGCAUGCGUCUCCCGUCACACCAAUUCUCAAAUGGUAUUCCAUGGCCCACCUUGUUCGCAUGCUCGCCCCAAUUGCUCCUGGUGUCUCCGAGGAAGCCUGGCACCAACUGAACACAUGCACCACAGUACAGACAAGCGACAGCGGCGUCUCAACAGUCUUUGCGACAGGCUUCCCAAUCGCAGAUCUCGCCAUCAUACCGCUCCUCACCACAACGCGCAAAUGCGUUGUUCAAAUCGACGGCAAACGCAAGUUCGACUUUGUGCUGAGUGAGUUGGUACAGACCCCAGAAGGGAGGGAGUGGUUCGAUAGACAGACAGGGAAGAUCUGGAAAUUGAGUGCGACGGAGGAAGAGAGCGAGGAGUUUAGCAUCGUUCCUGCGGGAUGGAAGGUCAUUGCCGUUAAUGGCGGUGCGCUAUGCAAUUUUGUUGGGCCGAAGAAGCCUAAGAUGGACAAGGGUAGAUGA